CUUACCUGGCUGCCAGCUGCCGCGGCGCGGGAACCAUGCCCCGGACGGCCGGGUGCUGGGCCGCGCUCGGCCCGCUGCUCUGGGGGUGCGCGCUGGCGCUGCAGGGCGGGAUGCUGUACCCCCGCGAGAGCCCGUCGCGGGAGCGCAAGGAGCUCGACGGCCUCUGGAGCUUCCGCGCCGACUUCUCGGCCGCCCGGCACCAAGGCUUCGACGAGCAGUGGUACCGGCGACCGCUGCGCGAGUCGGGCGCCACCCUGGACAUGCCAGUCCCUUCCAGCUUCAACGACGUGGGCCAAGACGGGCAGCUGCGAAGCUUCGUGGGCUGGGUGUGGUAUGAGCGGGAAGUGGUCCUGCCCCACCGAUGGACCGAAGAUCUGCGCACAAGAGUGGUCCUGAGGAUUGGCAGCGCCCACUACUACGCCAUCGUGUGGGUGAAUGGGGUCCAUGUGGCAGAGCACGAGGGCGGCCACCUCCCCUUUGAGGCUGACAUCAGCAAGCUGGUCCAGACGGGGCCCCUGUCCUCCUGCCGUGUGACCAUCGCCAUCAACAACACUCUCACCCCGCACACCUUGCCGCCGGGGACCAUCCUCUACAAGACCGACACCACCAAGUAUCCCAAGGGUUACUUUAUCCAGGACAUAAACUUUGACUUCUUCAACUACGCGGGACUGCACCGGCCCGUGCUCCUCUACACCACACCUACCGCUUAUAUCGAUGACAUCACAGUCACCACUGACGUGGACCAGGACACUGGGCUGGUGAAUUACCAGAUCAUCACCCAGGGCAGUGAACAUUACAAGCUGCAAGUGCAACUUCUGGAUGUGGAAGGCCACAUCGUGGCUCAGGGGACAGGAGGCCAGGGGCAGCUGCAGGUGCCCACUGCCCGCCUCUGGUGGCCAUACCUAAUGCACGAGGACCCUGCCUACCUGUAUUCGUUGGAGGUGAGGAUGACUGCACAGACAGCAAUGGGGCCCACAGCCGACUUCUACACGCUCCCCGUUGGGAUUCGCACUGUGGCUGUCACAGAGAGUCAGUUCCUUAUCAACGGGAAGUCAUUCUAUUUCCACGGUGUCAACAAGCACGAGGAUUCGGAUAUCCGAGGCAAGGGCUUCGACUGGGCGCUGCUGAUGAAGGACUUCAACCUGCUCCGCUGGGUUGGGGCCAACUCCUUCCGCACCAGCCACUACCCUUAUGCGGAGGAGGUGAUGCAGCUCUGCGACCGCUACGGGAUCGUGGUCAUCGACGAGUGUCCCGGGGUGGGCAUCGUGCUGGUUGAGAGCUACAGCAACCAGUCCCUGCAGCACCACCUGCAGGUGAUGGAGGAGAUGGUGCGGCGCGACAAGAACCACCCGGCCGUUGUGAUGUGGUCCGUGGCCAACGAGCCCACUUCCAGCCUGCACCCCGCAGGGUACUACUUCAAAACGGUGAUCACCCACACCAAGGCCUUGGACCCCUCCCGGCCGGUGACAUUUGUGACCAAUGCCAACUAUCAAACAGACCUGGGGGUCCCGUACGUGGACGUGAUCUGCGUGAACAGCUACUACUCUUGGUACCAUGACUACGGGCACCUGGAGGUGAUCGAGCUGCAGCUGCGGACGCAGUUCGAGAACUGGCACCGCGCCUACCGGAAGCCGAUCAUCCAGAGCGAGUACGGGGCGGAGACCAUCGCGGGGCUGCACGAGGACCCGCCUCUGAUGUUCAGUGAGGAGUACCAGAAGAGCCUGCUGGCGCGGUACCAUUCAGUUCUGGAUGAAAAACGCAAAGAGUAUGUGGUUGGAGAGCUCAUCUGGAAUUUUGCCGAUUUCAUGACUAACCAGAUGCCACAGAGAGUCCUGGGGAACAAAAAGGGGAUCUUCACUCGCCAGCGGCAGCCCAAGAGUGCGGCGUUCCUGCUGCGGGAGCGGUACUGGCGGCUGGCCAACGAGACCCGGGCGGGCGCGGGGGGCGAGGUGGAGGUCUGCAGAGCAGCCCACUGACUGCGGCGGUGCCUCCCUGGGCGCCUCCAUGCGGCCUGGGCCCCGCGGGAGUGUGCUGGAAGCGGUUGCAGGUGACAAUAAAGCUUUCCAGUGUGAGAGUA